AUGCCUGUCAGGCACGAAACGUCAGCAACGAAAAAUGUUGCUAAAUCGAAAACGGCGCGAACGCCAAAAGCGAAUAGUAACGGCGGCAAAAAUGAUGGUGAUCGAGCAAAAGCAAAAUCAACAUCAGCAAUGGAUGAGACAACCGACAUCAAGGAUUUGGCAGACUUAAGAAAACCUGUUGGACAGGAUUAUUUGAAUUAUAAAUCACAAUUAGUUCAUAAUCUUUCUUCCUAUGUUUUAACUCCGAAUGAAGAAAGACUUUUGCAACGUGGUUGGAAAUUUUGCAUUGAGAAUAAAGUUAGUAAUAUGAUGAAUUUUAUGACUGAAAUUGAAUUAAAUGCUUACACUCUUAAGCCUGUCAUUUCUGCUUCCGUUUUUAAAGUCUUUUGUCGUGAUUUUUAUUUAUUUUCUUCACAAAUGAUGAAAGUUUCAAAGCGUAAAAAUAUUAGGAACGUUAGUGACGCUGAGUAUGAAGCCAUUCAAUCAUUGAAAUCGAAUACGGACAUCGUUGUUAUGAAGGCUGAUAAAGGAAAUUGUAUUGUUAUCCUUGACAAGAAAGAUUACGUCAGACGUGCUUGUGAAAUCUUACAAUUAGAUCAAUUUGAAUCAGUUACACGUAGGGCUGGCUUAUUACAUUUACAUAAUAGAGAGAAACAAAUGAAUGAUUACAUUCGAACCCAUCUUCAUGAUAAACAGUUAAUUGGGACAUCAUUAUUCAUGCGUUUACAUUCAACGAGUGCUUCAUUUUCAACAUUUUAUGGAUUACCUAAAAUUCAUAAAAAUAAUUAUCCUUUACGUCCAAUAAUAUCUUCGAUAGGAAGUUACAGUUACGAAUUAUCGAAACACCUUGCGAAUAUUAUUAAUCGUCACAGACCUGCUCAGGUUUUAUCACACGUGAAAGAUUCCUUUCAUUUUGUUAAUUUGAUAAAGGAUUUUCAAUUUCAAUCAAAUCAAAGCAUGUACAGCUUCGAUAUUGAAUCCUUGUAUACUCAAGUUCCUGUUUUCGAAGCAAUUGAUUGCGCUCUUGAUUUAAUUUUUAAAGAUAAAAAAUGGCAGCCAACUUGUCCUUAUAGUCGAGAGCAGAUGAAAAAUCUUUUAAAGUUUGCUGUUUGUGAUGCUCCAUUUCGGUUUUAUAAUGAAAUUUUCAUUCAGCGUGAAGGAGUGGCUAUGGGUAGUGUACUUGGACCUAUACUUGCUGAACUGUUCGUGCAAAAAGAAGAAGAAAAGAUUCAGAAUUUGACUGAUAUUAAACCUGUACUUUACAAGCGUUAU